AUGAUCGACCCGGUGAUGGAGGCGGAUGGCCAUUCGUACGAGCGGUCGGCGAUCGAGCGCUGGCUCGCGACCAAGUCAACGAGCCCGAUGACAAGUGCGGAGCUUGAAAACACGGGCCUCUUCCCAAACCACACGCUCCGCCGGAUGAUCCGACAGUGGCAACAGACCGUUCGUGCCGAGCCUGACAGCUCUGACAGCACGUUCUCUGACAGCCCGGCCAACAGCAUGUGUCUGACGGUCUGA